UAGUGAUAGCAAAAUAGUUCAAGACUUCCACGAGUCUUUGCAAGAUUUCCAAAAAAUGGGACACCAGACCAUUUAUUCCGUAGAAAUUAGGCAGGUAGAGAGUAGACCAACAGAAAAGUCACCAUUUCACUCGGAGAUUUCCCACCCAAUACCUGUGCCAUGCUUGAAACUAUAAGGAAUCCUACUGCCACUCAAUAAAAAUCACAAAGAGAAAGUGAGGUUCUGCAAUGGCAAUGGCUAUGGCAGCAUCAAAAUUGCUUUUCUUUUUUUGUCCCAUUUUCAUUAACCUCCUUGUCCUCUCUAUUGCACAAGCAGAUCCAGAACUUAAGCACAUUUGUUCAGAAACUGGUAACUUCACUAACAGUAGUGACUACAAAUCAAACCUCAAUAUCCUUCUUUCCUCCUUCUCUUCCAAUACCAAAAUCGACUAUGGGUUUUACAACGACUCGUAUGGCCAAAACAAUGACAAAGUUACCGCAAUUUCACUCUGUAGAGGAGAUAAAAAGCCCGAAACCUGCCGAAGUUGCAUCACUAAUUCUAGACAAGUGCUUACACAACUCUGUCCAAACCAAAAGGAGGCCUAUAUAUGGUAUGAUGAUUGUAUGUUAAGGUAUUCAAACCGUUUCAUAGUAGGCAGUAUGGAAUUCGGGCCUCAUUUUUGGAUGUACAACUUGAAUAACGUGACCGACGAAAAAGAGUUCUAUGAGAAGCUAAAUGUUUUGUUAGGCAAUCUUACUAAUUUAGCAGCAUUAGGUGAUUCACGAAGAAAAUUUGCAACAGGAAAUGCGACCACGGAAAACUCUCAACAAAAAAUGUAUGCACUUGUUCAGUGCACUCCUGAUUUGACUCAGAAGCAAUGCAGCGAUUGCCUGAAUCAAGCUAUCAAAUUGAUUCCAACAUGCUGUUAUAAGAGGCAAGGAGGGAGGGUGAUUUCACCUAGCUGUCACUUUCGAUAUGAAAAGGACCCUUUCUAUGAACUUGUAGCCACGACACCGUCACCAUCUCCAGCGCCACUUUCAGUCCUUCCACCGCCACCACAAGCAACAGCAGAUGCAGUGCCACCAAGAGCCAGAAAGAAGGGCAUGAAGAGAAAUGCCAUCAUCAUCAUUUCCAUUGUUCCGAUAGCUGUUUCUGUGAUUCUUAUAGUUUGCGUCUGCAUCUUCUUAAGAGCCAGGAGGAAGCAGAAGGGGGAAGAGGAAGCUAAAGCUGGGGACGAAAUAGAAAGUGCAGAAUCAUUGCAAUUCGCAUUCAGCACCAUUCGAGAUGCAACAGAGGACUUUUCGGAGAAAAAUAAGCUGGGACAGGGUGGAUUUGGUGCUGUUUACAAGGGAGCACUUCCUAGCGGACAAGAGAUUGCUGUGAAAAGACUUUCUAAGGACUCUGGGCAAGGAGAUUUGGAAUUCAAAAAUGAAGUCUUAUUGGUGGCAAGACUCCAGCACCGGAAUUUAGUCAGGCUUCUAGGUUUCUGCUUGCAAGGAAUUGAAAGGCUUCUUAUCUAUGAGUUUAUGCCUAAUGCGAGCCUUGAUCACUUCAUAUUUGAUCCAAUCAAGCGUGUGCAUUUGAACUGGGAAAGACGUUACAAGAUUAUUGGAGGAAUUGCUCGAGGGCUCCUUUACCUUCACGAGGAUUCUCGACUUCGAAUCAUUCAUCGUGACCUCAAAGCCAGCAACAUUUUGUUAGAUGAAGAGAUGAAUCCGAAAAUUUCAGAUUUUGGCAUGGCGAGGUUGUUCGUAGUGGAUCAAACUCAAGGCAAUACAAGUAGAAUUGUGGGAACCUAUGGCUAUAUGGCUCCAGAAUAUGCAAUGCAAGGACACUUCUCGGUCAAGUCAGACGUAUUUAGUUUCGGCGUGCUAGUUUUGGAGAUUGUGACUGGUAAAAAAAAUAGUUUUCGCAAUGGAAAUGACAUAGAGCACCUUUUGAGCCAUGCAUGGAGAAACUGGAGGGAAGGGACUGCUCAAGAUAUGAUAGAUCCCGUUUUGAGUAGUGGCUCAGCAACAGAAAUGAUGAGAUGCAUCCACAUUGGGUUACUCUGCGUUCAAGAAAAUGUAGCUGACAGGCCGACAAUGGCUUCAGUAGUUCUCAUGCUAAGCAGCUCUUCCCUCACAUUGCAAAUACCUUCUCAACCUGCAUUUUUUAUGAACAGCAGCACAUAUCAAUCAGAUCUGUCAUCCUCAAUGGGGCAUAGUUCAAGGGUGACUGAGUCCUCGCUAUCUGAAUCUGUAGCUAUCCCUUUGUCCAAAAAUGAGGUUUCAAUUACUGAGUUGUAUCCUAGAUAAUGGUUUAGAUGCAGAGAUUUAAUAUAAAACCAGUUUUGUGGUUUCAGUCAAUCAUUUGAAUGUUUGGAUUGGGAUAAAUAUUUGAUAUCGUAUCAAUGUUUUAUUUUUUUGAGGUUUCAA